AGGGAACUAUUGUUAGAACUCAUUGAGGAAGUUUAUAAUGAAUUAAAAGAUAACGACUUUCAUGGACAAUAUUUUGAUCGUACGGCUCCGGCUAAAAAAAGAUUGUGUGACAAUAAAGGAUGGUUUAAAUGUCAAGGAGCGUUCGAUUUAGAACGAUGUGCACUACUUCAUACAAUAAAUCCCUACGCCUCGCGAGGAUAUCGGCAGUUAUUUGGUUUAUGGAAUUUGGAUCACGUGUAA